GUAGAAACCAUUACAACAUCCUUCUUUUGGCACAGUUGUUUCAACAGGUGUCGCAGUUAAACUAUAAACCGCCAGUGACAAUUGCGCUUAUAGCAGCAAAUCUCUGGAUUUACUUUACUGGAGUCGAUGGGGGCGCUACAUAUGUCGGGCUAUCACUAUGGGAAUGUUGCCUGCAGCCUCGUCUCGUCCUGAAGGGCCAGUGGCGGCGGCUGGUGCUUUCAGCAUUCCUCCAUGUAGAUGAGACCCACGUGCUGUACAACAUGAGCAGCCUUCUGUGGAAGGGAGUCCGGUUGGAGCGGCGCUACGGCUCCCUUCGCUUCGCCGCGCUGGUAGGCGAGCUGCUGCUGGCGGCACACGGCAUGACGGUGCUGCUGGCGGCGGUGCUGGCGGCGCAGGUGCCCGGGUACUGGUACCUGAUGGAGUCCUGCGCGGUGGGCUUCUCGGCGGUCCUGUUCGCACUCAAGGUAGUUCUCAGCCACGAUGAUCCCGGCUACGAGCAGGUGAUGGGCUUCUGGCUGCCCACCAAGUACAUGUGCUGGGCCGAGCUGCUGCUGAUCUCCUACCUCAGCCCGCGCGUGUCCUUCCUGGGCCACCUGGGCGGCAUCCUGGCGGGCCUGCUGCACGUGCGGCUGCUGGCGCCCGGCGCCAGGAGGGCAGCGCAGGUCCUCCGCCGCAGCCUGCGCUACCUGGGACUGCACCCCAGCACAGACCGGCAGCCCUUCUUCCGCUCUCGCGGUCGGCUGGGAGCAGCAGCAGCAACAACAACCGCACCGGCCGCACCGGCAGCGCCCACAGCACGUGGCAGUGACAGUGGCGGCAGCACCGCGGCUGGCCGGCCAAUACCGGUAUGGGGCCCAGAACGACCACCAGCUAGUCGCAUGGGACCGCAGGCAGGCAGUCGAACAGCAGCAACAGCGUUGCAGCAGCAACAGCAGCGGGAUGCCGCUGGUUCUCGGAGCGCUGCCAUGGCUAGCGGGCCAGCGGGCGGCAGGGGCAUGAGUCAGGAGGCAGUGCAAGCAGGAGCAGGAGGUGUCGCAGCAGCUGCGGGAGGAGGGGGUGCUGCUGGCACCGCUGCUGCUGGUGGUGGUGUAGGGGGGCGCCGGGCACCCCCGCAACCAGCAGCUGCCGCGCAUGAGGAGUCCGCAGGGAGGGGUGCAGGUGCUGGUGUUGCUGCGCCGGAGCCGUCGCAUGGGGGUGCUACGGUGCCGGGGGCGGGCCAGCAGCAGCAGCAGCAGCAACCGACGGUGGAGGAGCUUAGGCGGCUGCGAUUGGCUCGCUUUGACGGCGGUGGCGGCAUUUAGGGAGCAUAAACCGCCCUAGCUCUGGACAGCAGUUGCUGUUGAUGAGGCGUCUGUUGACAUGCAACGUGUGCUUUGGAUGACCCAUGGGUCACUUGGUGUAGCUCGGUUCUUGGAAGGGCGCUGCGUGAGGAAUCCUGCCUGCUUCGUUGCUCCUGGCUCGGGGAGUUUGACUUAAGCAAUGCGCAAAGGC